GACUUUGAAUUUUAAAAACCACGCUCCCCAUCCAGCAGCUCACUCACUCUCCGGUCGAUCGCUCUCUCGCCAGGCCGAGCCACACCGCCACUUGCCCCGAUAUUUCCUCGCUUGCUUGCUCGUUGGCUCCUUCCACCGAUCGCCUGCGCCACAAGCCGGCCGGCAGCGCGCUCGGUCUCCCAUGCGCUGCCUUUGACCACCGCAGCUCCACGAGUCCGCACCCCGCACAUGGCGUGAGAGCGUGGGCUAGCUGAUAAGUCCAAGAAGUCCAAGCUCGUGCACGUCGAGGCUUGCGUGCGUGCAGAGUUCGUGAAGGGAAGGGAAGGAAGAAACCUACUAUGGCCGCGCAGGAGGGCGCCGCGGGGACGGCGAACCAGGUGUCGAGGGUGCGGUACGGCGACGUCGACGACAGCAACUUCGCGCUGCGCGGCCGCGCCGUGCCGCUGCUGGCCGGCCUGCUCGCGCUCCUCGUCGCCUUCGUCGCCGUCUGCCUCUACCUCCGCUGGGCGUGCGGCCGGCGCCGCGCCCGCCGCGAUGCCGGCCGCGAGGCCUCGUCCUCGUCCGCCGCGGCGUCGCCCGUGCCCGGCCUCGACGCCGACGCCAUCAAUGGGCUGCCCGUCACGCUCUACAGCCCGCCCGCCUCCUCGCCGGCGCGCUCCCCAACUCGGCAGAAGGGCGGCGGUGGAGACGAGGAGCAGGCGGCGGCGGCGGCGGCCGUGGAGUGCUCGAUCUGCAUCAGCGCGCUGGUGGCCGGGGACAAGGUGAAGGCGCUCCCUCCCUGCGGCCACUGCUUCCACCCGGAGUGCGUCGACGCCUGGCUCCGCUCCCAGCCCAGCUGCCCGCUCUGCCGCACCCUCCUCCUCCCCGCCCCCGCCGUCGCCAAACCUGUCGACGUUGUCAACGGAGGCCACCCGCCGCCGGUGUGACUCGUCAGCCAGAAGACAACGUGCUCGCACGCCAACUCAUCGAAGCAUGACAAGCAGGCCCCACCUGUAAGCCACUUAUUGCUAUAAAGCCCGUCCCGGUUUAGCAACAGAGGCAAAUGGCCAAUGUGGCUAGGUAACUGGCCCCGGCGACGGCGAGGUGCGUCAUCGCCGGCCGGAAAGGCAGCGCCAGCUUUGCCAUGGCACGACGGGAGCCGUUCUUUCGCAGGCCGGCCGGCGCCGUGGGGUCGCGUCGUCUCUCCGGCCACUUUUCUACCUUAAAUUUUCUGUUCAAGCCUCCAAAGGGAAGGACAGCGGUGUAGGCUGUACAUUAAAAUUAUCUAUGUCAUGAGUAUUGUAGUAC